UGGCCCGACGAUAGCGGUAUUUACAUUCCACUUGAUUCCACAUGGCACCGCGAUCGCUUCCAGAUUCCAGAUUCCACAUUGAUUUUGUUGUAGUUUUUGGUUUUUUCAAGUUUUUCAUGACAAAACAUACAAUGGACAUUUUUGAAAAGCACACCCUAGUCAAGGUCUGUUCUCCAAUGGUGCGGUAUUCGAGGCUCCCAUUUCGUCUUCUUGUCCGCGAAUAUGGUUGUGAUCUGGCUUUCACCCCCAUGCUAAUGGCCGACAGUUUUAUAAAGUCGGACAAUUAUCGCAAAGUUGAAUCAGUAACUUGCGAAAAAGACAAUCCACUGGUUGUUCAGUUUGCUGCAAAUACUCCCGAGAUAUUCGCCGAAGCGACAGAAUUGGCGUACCAAGAUUGCAUUGGAGUGGACCUUAACUGUGGCUGCCCUCAAUCAUGGGCAAGUCAUGAAGGGAUUGGUGCAUGUAUGAUGAACAAACCUGACCUCAUAAGUGACAUUUUACGGCAAACGAGGAAUAGGAUUUCUGACUCGACGUUCGGCGUCUCAUGCAAAAUUAGAAUUUUCCUCGAUAUGGCACGGACGGUCGAUCUUGCUCGACAACUAGAAGCUACAGGAAUAUCAUUUCUUACGGUUCACGGUCGUACAAAAGCCGAGCGGAACGAACCCGUGCAUCUUGACUACAUAAAAGCCAUCGUAGACGCGGUGGACAUUCCUGUGAUUGCAAAUGGGGACAUUGACUCGUUAGAGAAGGCGCAUGCAGUUCAAGAAGUGACUGGUGCUAAAGGGGUUAUGAGUGCUCGAAGUAUCCUGGAAAACCCUGCCUUAUUCACUGGACAAGUCAAAACUCCUGUAGACUGCAUUAACAAAUGGUGCGAGAUCAAUACGAGGCUGGACACGCAUUUUACCAUGUUCCAUCGUCACUUGAUUCACAUGUGUGCUCCCCUCCUGAACAAAUUUGAACGAAGAAUAUUCAACAAUUUGACCGAUAAGAAGGCUGUCCUUGAUUUUAUUUCCGACAAGUUUAACAACCAUUCUAAUUUGGAAGAAGAAGAAUCAGUCGUGGUCAGUUAGUUGAUGGAGCCAGUUCUUCUUCUUUGAGCUCGGAGUCCUUCACUCUCGUUCCUUUCGACUAUUUGCCUUUCACCAUGGAUUCGUUUGUCACACAGAUUCCCGAGCAUUUGAAGAACAUCUUCAAAGGAUUUAGAUUCACUCCACCCUGUGCUACUGCUCGUCAAUCUGAUGGAGGAGAGAGCUUGAGUGGUGAUGGCGCUGCUGGAAGGGACAAUGUUGACUUCACUUCUUUUCUUCCAUCGUCGGAUAGUGGCCGGUACAGCAAUUGCACUACAUCCAGUUAUUAUACUGCAAAGGAAGACACUCCGACCAAUACGCCACCACCAUUUGGACAACAACUGACUCCGUUCAGCACCCCUUUGUCAACUAGCACGCCGAUAGUGAACAACCCUCCUGAAUAUAAGCGUCAAUCCAUCCUGCAUCGUUCUAGUCGAAAGAGUGGAAAAUUUCGGGAACAGUCCCACACUCAAAUAUUGAAGAAAAUGGUGGCUCCACCUACAAUUGCUCGGAAAAGGUCUUCAUCCGCACUAAGUACCAAUAAGAUUUACCCCACCAAGAUUCCACGUCGAGUAGAGUUGGCUAAACUUUCGGAGAAAGAACUGGCAAAUAUGGUCAAAUUUGUCCCAAAACCAGAAAUCAAAUCCAGUUCGUUUAAAAGCCAAAUUCCUCACCGUAUUCAACAAGCUAAGAAAUGCAAUUCGGCAGGUGAUCUUAACUGCAAUGGGUCACAGACCUCGGUAAAUCGACCAACAGGAACAAAUUCAUCUCGAUCUCGACCGUUCUCGCCAUGGGCCGUGGUUUCUGUCCGUCCGUUCAAGCUUCGCCGAAAGUCUUCUCUUCAUCGAGCCCAAGCUAAACUGCAAAAGGACGACAACGACCCCAACAAUCAAUCACAGUGAUACCUUCAUGAUACGGAUAAUCACGAUAUGUUAAACACAACUAACAAGUUGUAGUUUGCCUUUAAUCGGAUUCUUUCUAGUAGAUACUUAAAUGUAGGCAUUAUUACUUUUAAAUAUAGUUAUUUUACACUUAUCAGUUCAAGAGGUUUUUUUAUGCCGAAUGAAGGACAACAAAUUUUAUAAAAUAGGUUCUUAUAAUUCAAAUUCAUGAAAGUUGUGAACCAUUAGUCAAUACAUUUUUACCACUUUCCGUCAUGAACAUGUAA